CUGUGCCCUUUUAGAAGUCUGGGGGAAUGGGGAGCAUUUCCUGUGACAGCACUGUAAGCAAUGAAUAGAUGAAUGAAUUUGUCCAUGCUCAGAACUCACAACACGUGUACUAGCCCCCUCCGACACAUAAAAGAGCAGGGAAACCGACCUUAGCAAUGAUUUAGCUCCUGAAGAAAGAGGCUUUCGUUACUGUCUAAGAAGUGAAGACCAGCGAGUCUAGCGAUAAAGAGACAAAAGAGCCCCUGACAGUAUCGAAAGAAUCUGACAUUUGCUUUGUCUGUACAAAGGAUGAAAGGAAUUUUGCCGACUUAGUCAAAACAAUAACUGGUUUUAUCAGUUUGAGUCUAAAAUACAGGCAUCAGAACAGUAUGUUUUUUUUUGUAUUUCUGAAGAAUUGUCAUCUUUUUAAAAACGUAUGUGGAGUGGUUUUGUUUCUGGAAAGGAAAACGUGACAUGGAUUUUAUAAGCUUAGUAGCUGUAGGUGGAGACUCUCUUGUUUGCUAAACCUUUUUAAUAAACAGUGAAGUCAGAAUAUCAAAGAUUGGAAUUUUUCUCCCUGGAACCUUUUGUUCUUUUCUUGGUACUUCAAAUAAUUUCAACCAAAGGGGUAUGCAUGGAAAUGAAAACAAAUAUGAAGUCUUUCUGCUAUUUGGCAGUGCUUCAGAUAAGAUGUACCUGUACUCCUGUGAAGAAAGACGUGACUCUGAUAUGAGGCAGUGAUUGUAUACUUACGCUCAUCGGAGGGAGAACUGGUUUAGUGGAACAGUGGGUUAGUGGUGUACUGAAUAAAUUGUUUGCCUCUUUAUCCAGCAGUAAGGAGGCACUAAUAGUUGACUGUCUGGGGAGUGGCUUUUUUUGUCUGAUAUCUAUUAUGGAUGAUUCCAGUAUUCUGAGAAGGAGAGGGUUACAGAAGGAGUUGAGCCUUCCAAGAAGAGGCAGCUUUUGUCGGACAAGUAACCGCAAGAGCUUGAUUGUGACCUCUAGCACAUCACCUACACUACCACGGCCACACUCACCACUCCAUGGCCACACAGGUAACAGUCCUUUGGACAGCCCUCGGAAUUUCUCUCCAAAUGUACCUGCUCACUUUUCCUUUGUUCCUGCCCGUAGCCAUAGCCACAGAGCCGACAGGACUGAUGGACGGCGCUGGUCUUUGGCUUCUUUGCCCUCUUCAGGAUAUGGAACUAACACUCCUAGCUCCACUGUCUCAUCAUCAUGCUCCUCACAGGAAAAGCUGCACCAGUUGCCUUUCCAGCCUACAGCUGAUGAGCUACACUUUUUGACGAAGCAUUUCAGCACAGAGAGUGUACCAGAUGAGGAGGGACGGCAGUCCCCAACCAUGCGGCCCCGCUCCCGGAGCCUCAGUCCUGGACGAUCCCCAGUUUCCUUUGACAGUGAAAUAAUAAUGAUGAAUCAUGUGUACAAAGAAAGAUUCCCGAAGGCCACUGCACAAAUGGAAGAGCGACUAGCAGAGUUUAUUUCCUCCAACACUCCAGACAGCGUGCUACCCUUGGCAGAUGGAGCCCUGAGCUUUAUUCAUCAUCAGGUGAUUGAGAUGGCCCGAGACUGCCUGGAUAAAUCUCAGAGUGGCCUCAUUACAUCACAGUACUUCUAUGAACUUCAAGAAAAUCUGGAGAAACUCUUGCAAGAUGCUCAUGAGCGCUCAGAGAGCUCGGAAGUGGCUUUUGUGAUGCAGCUAGUGAAAAAGCUGAUGAUUGUCAUUGCCCGCCCAGCACGUCUCCUGGAAUGCCUGGAGUUUGACCCUGAAGAGUUCUACCACCUAUUAGAAGCAGCUGAGGGCCACGCCAAAGAGGGACAAGGGAUUAAAUGUGACAUUCCCCGCUACAUCGUUAGCCAGCUGGGCCUCACACGGGAUCCCCUAGAGGAAAUGGCCCAGUUGAGCAGCUAUGACAGUCCUGAUACUCCAGAGACAGAUGAUUCUAUUGAGGGCCGUGGGGCAUCUCUGCCAUCUAAAAAGACACCCUCUGAAGAGGACUUCGAAACCAUUAAGCUCAUCAGCAAUGGCGCCUAUGGGGCUGUAUUCCUGGUGCGGCAUAAGUCCACCAGGCAGCGCUUUGCCAUGAAGAAGAUCAAUAAGCAGAACCUGAUCCUACGGAACCAGAUCCAGCAGGCCUUUGUGGAACGUGACAUACUGACUUUUGCCGAGAACCCUUUCGUGGUCAGCAUGUUCUGCUCCUUUGAGACCAAGCGCCACUUGUGCAUGGUGAUGGAGUAUGUUGAAGGGGGAGACUGUGCCACUCUGCUGAAGAAUAUUGGGGCCCUGCCUGUGGACAUGGUGCGCCUAUACUUUGCAGAAACUGUGCUCGCCCUGGAGUACUUACACAACUAUGGCAUCGUGCACCGUGACCUCAAGCCUGACAACCUCCUAAUUACAUCCAUGGGGCACAUCAAGCUCACUGACUUUGGAUUGUCCAAAAUUGGCCUCAUGAGUCUGACAACGAACUUAUAUGAGGGUCAUAUUGAAAAGGAUGCCCGGGAAUUCCUGGACAAGCAGGUAUGCGGGACCCCGGAAUACAUUGCACCUGAGGUGAUCCUGCGCCAGGGCUAUGGGAAACCAGUGGACUGGUGGGCCAUGGGCAUUAUCCUGUAUGAGUUCCUGGUGGGCUGUGUCCCUUUUUUUGGAGAUACUCCGGAGGAGCUCUUUGGGCAGGUGAUCAGUGAUGAGAUUGUGUGGCCUGAGGGUGAUGAUGCACUGCCCCCAGACACCCAGGACCUCACCUCCAAACUCCUCCACCAGAACCCUCUGGAGAGACUGGGCACAGGAGGUGCCUCUGAGGUGAAGGAGCACCCAUUCUUUACUGAUCUGGACUGGACAGGACUUCUCCGCCAGAAGGCUGAAUUUAUUCCUCAGCUGGAGUCAGAGGACGAUACUAGCUAUUUUGACACUCGCUCAGAGCGCUACCACCACGUGGACUCAGAAGAUGAGGAAGAUGUGAGUGAGGAUGGCUGCCUUGAGAUCCGCCAGUUUUCCUCCUGCUCUCCAAGGUUCAGCAAGGUAUACAGCAGCAUGGAACGGCUCUCGCUACUCGAAGAGCGUCAGACACCACCCCCGACCAAGCGCAGCCUGAGUGAGGAGAAGGAGGACCGCUCAGAAGGCCUGGCGGUGCUCAAAGGCCGAGACCGGGGCUGGGUGAUUGGCUCCCCUGAGAUAUUACGGAAGCGGCUGUCGGCGUCUGAGUCAUCCCACACAGAGAGUGACUCAAGCCCUCCAAUGACAGUGCGACGCCGCUGCUCAGGCCUCCUGGAUGUACCUCGGUUCCCUGAGGGCCCUGAGGAGGCCAGCAGCACCCCCAGGAGGCAGCUGCAGGAGGGUGUAUGGUUUCUGACACCCUCUUCUGGAGAGGGGGUAUCUGGGCUUGUCCCUGAUCGCUCUGGGGAGCAGCGGCUGAAGCUGGAUGAGGAAGCUGUUGGACGAAACGGUGGUUCCAGUCCAGCUACGGAGACCCGAGGCCAUGGGACCCCGCAGCUGUCUGAAGGAGCCACGGCCAAGGCCAUCAGUGACCUGGCUGUGCGUAGGGCCCGCCACCGGCUGCUCUCUGGGGACUCUACAGAGAAGCGCACCGCUCGCCCUAUCAACAAAGUGAUCAAGUCUGCCUCAGCCACAGCCCUCUCACUCCUCAUUCCUUUGGAACACCACACCUGCUCCCCGUUGGCCAGCCCCAUGUCCCCACAUUCUCAGUCAUCCAACCCAUCAUCCCGGGACUCUUCUCCAAGCAGGGACUUCUUGCCAGCCCUUGGCAGUGUGAGGCCCCCCAUCAUCAUCCACCGAGCUGGCAAGAAGUAUGGCUUCACCCUGCGGGCCAUUCGUGUCUACAUGGGUGACUCCGACGUCUACACCGUGCACCACAUGGUGUGGCACGUGGAGGACGGAGGUCCAGCCAGCGAGGCAGGACUUCGUCAAGGUGACCUCAUCACCCAUGUCAAUGGGGAAACUGUGCAUGGGCUGGUGCACACGGAGGUGGUGGAGCUGAUCCUGAAGAGUGGAAACAAGGUGGCUAUUUCAACAACUCCCCUGGAGAACACAUCCAUUAAAGUGGGGCCAGCUAGGAAGGGCAGCUACAAGGCCAAGAUGGCCCGAAGGAGCAAGAGGAGCCGCGGCAAGGAUGGGCAAGAAAGCAGAAAAAGGAGUUCCCUGUUUCGCAAGAUCACCAAGCAAGCAUCCCUGCUCCACACCAGCCGCAGCCUUUCUUCCCUUAACCGUUCCUUGUCAUCAGGGGAGAGUGGGCCAGGCUCUCCUACACACAGCCACAGCCUUUCCCCCCGAUCUCCCACUCAAGCCUACCGUGUGACCCCCGAUGCUGUGCAUUCAGUCGGGGGGAAUUCAUCACAGAGCAGCUCCCCCAGCUCCAGCGUGCCCGGUUCCCCAGCCGGCUCUGGGCAUACACGGCCUAGCUCCCUCCACGGUCUGGCACCCAAGCUCCAGCGCCAGUACCGCUCUCCACGGCGCAAGUCAGCAGGCAGCAUCCCACUGUCACCACUAGCCCACACCCCUUCUCCCCCACCCCCAGCAGCUUCACCUCAGCGGUCCCCAUCACCCCUGUCUGGCCAUGUAGCCCAGGCCUUUCCCACAAAGCUUCACUUGUCACCUCCCCUAGGCAGGCAACUCUCACGGCCCAAGAGUGCGGAGCCACCCCGUUCACCACUACUCAAGAGGGUGCAGUCAGCUGAGAAACUGGCAGCAGCACUGGCCGCUUCCGAGAAGAAGCUAGCCACUUCUCGCAAGCACAGCCUUGACCUGCCCCACUCUGAGCUAAAGAAGGAACUGCCGCCUAGGGAAGUCAGCCCUCUGGAGGCAGUUGGAGCCAGGGGUGUGCUUUCUGGCAAGGGAGCCCUGCCAGGGAAAGGGGUGCUGCUGCAGCCUGCUCCUUCACGGGCCCUAGGCACUCUCCGACAGGACCGAGCCGAACGACGAGAGUCACUGCAGAAGCAAGAAGCCAUCCGUGAGGUGGACUCCUCAGAGGAUGACAUGGAGGAGGGGCCUGAGAACAGCCAGGGUGCACAGGAGCUGAGUGUGGCACCUCACCCAGAAGUGAGCCAGAGUGUGGCCCCCAGAGGAGCAGAAGAGGGUGGGGAAGAGGAUACUUUCUCGUCCAGAGUCCCCAGGAGUCCGGGCCCAGUGGUCCCAGGCCUAUUGACCGGGAUUACACUGGGGCCUCCCAAAAUGGAAGGUCCCAGUGGCCCCCAGAGGAGGCUCAGGAGCCCACAAACUGUUGAGGAGGCUGCCAGCACCUCCUCACCAGACCCCAACCUGAGUAAGUCUGGAGCUACAGACCCCAUCCUUUCUGAAGGUUGCUGGAAGGCUCAGGGCCUCCACACCCAGGCACUAACAGCACUUUCCCCCAGCUCUUCAGGACUCGCCCCCACCAGCAGCCGCUCUCCUCCCACCUCCACCUCUGGGAAGCUGGGCACAUGGUCCUGGAAAUUCCAUAUUGAGGGCCCAGACAGGGCAUCCCCAAGCAGAAGGGCAACCAUGGCAGGUGGGCUAGCCAAGCUCCAGGAUUUGGAAACCACAACUCCAGCCCACCCUAAGAACCUGUCUCCCAGGGAGCAGGGCAAGACACAGCCACCUAGUGCCCCCAGACUGACCCAUCCCCCUUGUGAGGAUCCCAGCCAAGGCUGGCUAUGGGAGUCUGAGUGUGCACAAAUAGUGAAAGAGGAUCCAGCCCUGAGCAUCACCCAAGUGCCUGAUGCCUCAGGUGACAGACGGCAGGAUGUUCCAUGCCGAGGCUGCCCCCUCACCCAGGAGUCUGAGCCCAGCCUCCUCUGGAGGGGCCAAGAACCAGGGGGCCAUCAAAAACAUCAGGAUUUGGCAUUGGCACCAGAUGAGUUUUUAAAGCAAACAUAACAGCUGUUUGCCAUUUCUUGCACUCAGACCUGUGUAAUAUAUGCUCCUGGAAACCA